AUGGCCUCAUCGUCUGAAAUCCUUCAAAUCCCUCACAGGGCCUUGCGUCAAACCUCCCACAUCGCACGGGGAAUGAAUCCUAUCGUCAACUCGCAGUACACCGGCAGGCUAGCCGUCAUCUCCCAUGGAAAAUUACGACAGGAGUCUCUAUCGCAGACCCCAGACCUCCGCCGUUGUAUCGGGCACCAUGGCAUCUUCCGGCAGUGCGUCAUAGCCGAACAAGAACAACACGAGCGCCGCUACAAGGCGCUGAGCGUGGAAGAGGAUACUCCCCGUGAUGUCAGCAAUGUCAGCGCUAGCACCGAGUCUGAACAAUCGAUUCCCAGUGCCCCUCCUCCCAUUCGAUCCCAAAUUACCAGGGCCGUCAAAGCGAUGACCCAGCGCCGAUUCGCCAGUGCGCCGAAGACGCCGAAGAAUGAACAACAGCGCGAUAUGGCCGACUGUGCUGCUCACAAAAGCCAUCUGAUUAUUCGAACACGUGAACGCGCUUUCAGGCUAUUCCCCGGCCGGUCCCGGAGAAUAGCACCAACACCAGUACUUUUUCAAUGA